UGACGUACACGACUUGCUGUCUUGCCCGCUCUGCGGUGUCAUUCGCGCCGAUACAGACUGUUCUUGUUCGUCCAAAUACUGAGAUGGAUCGACAUGGCGUUACGUACAGAAAUGCUAACAAACGCGUUUUUCAUGUAGGCAGGGCUCCGUGCAGGCAGUACAUCCGCGGUUCUUGCAGAUUUGGCCCGAGCUGUCACUUCUCUCAUGAGAUACCGGUGUUGCCCUCAGCGGAAAUCUGCAGAUAUUUCCAGAAGGGUGCCUGCUGGUUUGGUGACCGUUGCAGGUAUCUGCAUAUCCCUCAGCCAGAUGGCAGGGGUCCUGGCAGCAGAUUGGGCUUGGCCCCUGCUCCCCACGCCCCCGGCAUGGGUGACCGGGUCCUCCAGGACCGGCGGGGCUCGGAACCCUCCCUCUCCCAGACCCACGGGGCCUACAGCAGGGGCCGGAGGGGCUCGGAGCCGCUGGUGAGCGGCAUGGUCAGCCUGCAGCACAGCUUCGAACGUCUGAAUGUGGGCAUCGCUGAGGAAGAGGAGCAGGUCCCUGUCGAAGCUGCGAUCAGACAGUGUCAGCAGCAAGGCAGUUCGUGGGCUCAGCUGCAGCACCGUGGUCAGAAUUCCUCUUGGAGGGCGUUCCCCCAGCACUGCCCCAGAGCUGCACCCGGCCCCCUGUCCGCAGCAGCCCGUCUGGGGGCUCGCACCGGCCCGCCGAUGGCAGCUGAGGUCCAGGGUCGCGAAUCCGCCGCUGGAAAGCAGUCUCUCCAGAAGGCCUCCGACCAGCAGGGGGCAGCGCAGAGCGGCGCGGCGGCCCCCUCCGGCAGGGACUGGCCCGACGAGGCCUACAAGCAGAGCAGAGACGUCAUGUGUGGGAUCUGCAUGGACAAGGUCUACGAGAAGCCCAGCGGCCAGGAGAGGCGCUUCGGGAUCCUGCCCAACUGCAGCCAUGCGUUCUGCCUGGGCUGCAUCGUCACCUGGCGCAAGACUAAGGACUUCCAGGACGAGGUCAUCAAGGCUUGCCCGCAGUGUCGGGUGAAGUCCUCUUACUACAUCCCCAGCAAGUACUGGGUCAGCGACGGGGAGCAGAAGCAAACGCUCAUCACUGCCUUCAGAGAGAAAUCCAGUAAAAUCAGGUGCAGUUUCUUCAUGCGGCACGGGUGCUGCCCCUUUAAGUCAGAGUGCAUCUACCGCCACGAGCUGCCCAACGGAUACAGGCCUCGACGCCGGCGGUCGUCUCCCGCGGCCAGCUCGUCCAGUUUAGAGGACCUGGACAACGACAGCCUGCAGCUCCUGCAUUACAUCAUCGCCCUGGCCCUGCUGGACGAGGACGACGUCCUGGAAGAGGACGACUACUUUCGGCUGUACCUGGAUGACGAGGACGGGGACCCCCUCUGAGCCCAGGCCGCGGGGGCUUGGGUCGCAUGUAGGAGGGGGGGGCUUGGGUCGCCCGUAGGCCGUCCCGAGACGGGAUUCACAUGUGAACUGCUUCCGGUAGCUUACGGAAACGUACUGUUUGUAGUCCUUUUUAUAUGUGUGGUGUUAAUCCCCUCUGUCUAUAUAAGCUACCCGCUUGCGGAGCAGUGGAGUCACGUGACCAUUUAACCCCUUUGGCCUCUUCUGUCUCGAGUACCACUGUGCUCUGAACUAAGCCUGACUGAGUGCACCCCUCACAUUUUUGGAUUUUCAAAGCGACCGCUUUGUCCGGCUGACACGUCGGCCGUUACUUUGGUUACCGUAGUUUACCAGUUAAACCAAAAGAAAAUCCUGGACUGCCAAAUGAACUUCAAAUAACAGGCCGACAUCAAGGGGCCAGGCUGUCGUGGUGCUGGUCUGGGCCCUGUCGUACGUUUUCUAUAAAAAGGCGAAAAAAGGUGGAGGAACGAAUUGGCAGGUUUGGCCGAUGCCGGCCCGAAUUCACGGCCUCCGCUCCGGUUCAGACGCCUGGCGAGGCGCGCCGAGUCGAGCGGCGUUCUGUGGUUGUGUAGAUGUUCUGAAGGUGGUUGUCUGACUGUUCCCCGUUUAACCCAUUCCCCGGUUUUCACAUUUUUGUCGAGUGUGCACGCUAGCUGUGUCGUCAUUAACGUGGACUCUGACUUGCUGUAGUUUUGGGGGGGCGGGGAAAGUGGAAACCCAGUCUUGUGUGUACUGGAGGAGUUUCGCACCAGCCAUCCAAUUACGUUGGAACCAGGUUUCAUUGCAACCACUGACACUGUUACACCAUCAGUUUGACAUUUAUCGUAUGAAUGAGAUUUUUUUAAAAACGGCGUGUAUUGUCAGCAGUUCAUAAUUUUAUGUUUGUCUCGAUUGAGGUUGUGCUCUGGCGAAGUGUUUGUGCUUCCCAGAGCCUUUUCACCCUGUGCUGCUGUUUUAUGCUCCUAUCUGUUCGUCCCAAAUCCCCCGUCCUUGUCCUUGGUGGUGGGCAGCCAUUUCUGUCCCUUGGAAGCAGUGCUGCAGUACAGCAGGCUUGCAUGACAGGCCGAGGGUGUCAUGUUUUAUUUCUUUUAUAAUCGUAUUCACUUAAAGAAAAAAAAUAAAACAUUGUUUCACAAGUUGAA